AUGCUCGCCCAACGUGAGGUAUAUGAGCUACCGCUGCUCGACCGCAGGCCAAACUACGAGAGGGACAGCCCGCUGGAGGCCAUCUAUCGAAUCUAUGAGCACAUCAUGCUAGACCAGCAUCUUGAGAUCCGCAACGAACUUGAAACAUUCUGGUACCACAACAAGUGGGCCGUACGAGACAUUCCGGAUCCGAAAGACCCAGACCCAGAGCGAUACGCUGUGCUUGCAUGCGUCCCCAAGAUUCUUUGUCUGUCCUUUAACCGACGCAUAGAGCUGGGCCUUCCUCGACACGCCCCAAGCAUCUUCACCGCCGACAUGAUGGACGAGUGGAAGACUCAGCCAAGGAAGUUUGAGGAAGAGCCAGCAUGGGUUGCUAGGGUUCCUCGCUUGGCUGAGACGCUGGCAAUCCCACACUGGGACAAUACACAGCGUGCCUUUGUCUCAUUGCCCGGCUUUGAAGAUGAGAGAGCGUCGCCCGAAUUCGCCGAGAAAAACAUUCUCAUCUGGGCACUGCAUAUUCAUUUCUUAUAA